AUGGGCGGUCAGCAGUCUGCUGCGAAGGAUGCAGCGGGCCAAGGCCCUGGAGGAGAUGCAACAAGUUCCAGCCAUGGAAAAGGCCGCGUGGCGAACAACCAGGUUCAGCUUGCAGUGUCUCCUCUUGGUGGUGUCCCUGGAGCAACAGCAUAUCAUUCUUCUGUGAUCGUCAAUGGUGAUGAGUACUUCUUCAGCGAUGCUGGCAUUUCCUUCGGAAGUGGUCUGCUUUCGCACAAGAAUCCUCAAAAUCCAGAUUCGAAGCCUGAGGUGUUUGACAUGGGAAUGUCUCCUUACACCGGUACGCAGAUGAAAGCGGCGUUGGAACGGUUUUUCCACUCGGGCACGUAUGACCUGCUGCGAAAGAACUGCAAUUCGUUUUCGGACUGCGCCCUUUUCUAUCUCCUUCACAAGCGCAUCGACAAGAAGUACAGGGCAAUGGAAAAGCUAGGGGCAUCGGCCAUGGGGAUCGUGCAGGCAGCUUCGGGUGGCCAGUACCAGCCCAAUCCGAAGGCUGAUGGUUUCGACGUCGAAAAGGUUUGCGAAGAGAUCGAUCCGGACAAAGUCUGGAAGACACCAGGGCAGGCCACUGGCGGAGCAACCGUGACAUCAGCUGAGGCCAUGAGGGCUGCACGGCUGGCUCGCUUGGGUGGUCCUGCGGGUGGUGGAUAUGCAGCUGAAGGACAGCCGGCAGCUGCUGCCAGUCAGCCUCAACCCAACACCGCUUCGUAA